UGUAAAUUCUGGAAUGACGGCGUCAAAUCCGAACUGGAGAAUCUAUUUCAACACAUCAGUACUAAUAAUACGAGCAUGACCACAUAUUGUAAGGCAUUUGGUGAUGAAAAUCCUGAUAGUGUUGAAAGAAAAGCUUGUAAUCAUAUCGCGGCAGGACUAAAAUACAUUGAAGAUAUUACAAGUAGCGGUAGUACUGCCAAUAAGACCGGUCAUCAGGAUGAUGAUAACUUUUUUAAACAAUCUAUGAUGUGCGCAGCUCUUAACCUUUACGCAGAUAAAAUAAGGGAUGCAUCUUCUACUAAAUGUCCCAUUGAUGAAUCUAAAAUAAAAAAAAUGUUUGAUAAUUGGAAUGUAUUUAAUAAAUUUUCGUCUUCGACUUCGUGUUCGACCUCUGGUGUUAGUGCUAGUGGUGUCAAUAAGUGCUUUGAAUGCACAAGGCAAAAUGAAGACUUUAAGGAUUGCAAACUAAGUGUUUCCAGCUCUUUAAUUAGUGCAACGUCACCAUCAAAACAACCAACUGGAACUUGCAAUAAGGAAGAAUCUAAAGUGACGACUCAAAUUGACGGUCUCCUCUUCAAGAACGACGACCCAUCCCAACCCCAUUCCAUCCCCCAAGUGAAGGAUACCUUAUCCACUAUCACUAACAUGUCCAACUCUUUCUGUACUCAACUCCAAUGUGCAGCAAAACAAUACUACGUAAAAGUCAAAAGUGGAAAAAGCAACGAAGUGAAUUGG